AUUUACGCAUUUAUAAAUAUCGUGUACGCGUAAUGCAUGGGUAUCACUUUCGCUUUUCAUUUUCCGAACAUUACAAACGCAUUCGCUCCGUUAGAGUGCACACGUUCGUUGGGAGAGGGAAGGAUUUUCUGUUCGAGACACUUCUGUACUUUAGUUUAUCGAGUACACUCUUUACCAUCGUUCUUCGUCCAAGUUAAUUCCCUCGCGACAUCUCUGCUGGCUCUUCUUUUUGUCGGCUGCUCACCGGGGGAACAAUCCUUGACGAGGGACAGACAACGAAGUGCCCAACUGGGAAUCCGAGAUCGGGCGAUCUCGUGUUGCGUUGUUGCUAACAGAAGGGAACUUGUUCGGUUUCAGCUCGAUCAAUUGUUAAUUACAUUAUGACGCGUUCGUUCGGAGGAUGUGAACUUCGUGGGAGGCAGGGAGGGAAGUACAGCGGCGACUUUAUAUUCUGAGCUGAGGAAGCCCCUGAUACUACUCUCUCCCAGGUCGUCUUUCUCUCCGUCUCCCUUCCGCUGAUCUUUCCGCUUCCUUUUGAAACACGGCGGAACCCUCUCUCCCUCCGGCGAUAUAAACCGCGUCUUCCCCUCUCUCUCUUCCGCUUUCUCUCUAUCUAGCGCGGUGGCGGUGGCAGCGGCGGCGGCGGUGGAGAGGACGGCCGCGACGUGGACGAUCGCGCGGUGGUGGUACCUGGCGAACGGUGGUCUGCCUGCAUGCCUGUCUGCCUGCCUGCCUGCCUGCCUGCCUGCCUGCCUGCCUGCCUGCCUGCCUGCUUGCCUGCCUGCCUGCCUGCCUGCCUGCUCGCUGUCUGGAGAACGGCUAUGUCAGUCUGCGCUCCGUUGCUGGCCUAGCGGCCGGCCGAGUGAAUCCGACCAAUCAACCGGAGCGGAGUAGAUAUAUAUUUUACUUCUCUCUCUCUCUCUCUCUUUACUUUGCUUUCCUGUCCUCCCUCCCCUUUUCCUUUCCGCCCUCUCCGUUUUAUGCCCCAGGCCCAUCAUCCGCCCUCACCUCCCUGGUACCGCCGCGCUCGCGUCCCGAUGUUCGGACUGGGAAACAGGAAGGUCCUCAAGUACUCCGCCAUUGAGACGUCGCUCUCCAUCGAUGUCGAGGAUACUGUCACGUGUUUCUGCAGAAAGGCCAGACGAAAGGAGAAGGAUGCGGGAACCACGGAGGAUCCGAAAUUGUACCUGGAGGAGGCCGCCCUCGAGAGGCAGUUACCGGAGCUGGACCUGAGGAUGCUGGUGGACCUACCGCCCGGCCUGGAUUACAACGAGUGGUUGGCGUCGCACACUCUCGCAUUGUUCGACCAUAUUAAUCUCGUCUACGGCACGAUAUCCGAGUUCUGCACCAUGACGGGCUGUCCCGACAUGACCGGUCCCGGCUUAAGAACGUAUCUGUGGUUCGACGAAAAGGGAAAGAAAACGAGGGUUGCGGCGCCACAAUAUAUAGACUACGUUAUGACAUUUACGCAACGCACCGUUAGCGACGAAACUAUAUUCCCUACAAAAUAUGCAAACGAGUUUCCGAGCUCGUUCGAGUCGAUAGUGCGUAAGAUCCUGCGGCUACUGUACCACGUAGUGGCACACAUCUACCACUGCCACUUCAGAGAGGUGGCGCUUUUGGGGUUGCACGCUCACCUCAAUUGUGUAUUCGCCCACCUCACGCUCCUUAAUCAACGCUUCAACCUUAUAGACCCUAAGGAGACGGAGAUCCUGGGGGACCUAGAGGCCGCCCUCUUGGGUGACUCGACAUCCGCGCCUUCGCAGACUUUAGCCAUCCAGGAGACUCCGACCACCACGAACACUAGCAGUACCACCUAGAUCGCUGCGAUGCGUCAUAGCGUGCGAGCAGAGGUUGCAGUUCCUGAGACUAGGUGACGAUAGGCGAUACGUUCGUUCAUUCGGUUUUUUUCGUCUCCUCUUUUUUUUCUUUUUGUAGAUUACAUGCGAAAAAAAUAAGGUUUAUCGCGAUACGAUCGGCCGGUAAGAAAGAGAGAGAAAGAAAGAAAGAAGUAGUGUGAGAGAAAAAGAGUGAGAGAGUGCGAGAAUGAAUGAGAGAAAGCAGCGAUUCUGUAAAAAACAAGAAAAAGAUAUACCAGUAGUACCUGUACAUAGCGAAGUGUGAACAACUACAUGAUGUAAUUAGGUUCCUCCGUUUGUUGUUUGUGAGAUUGUACAUAAUUUAUUAAAUGGUAAGAUUUAUGAGGAAGGUAAAGAGAGAGAAAGAUCGAAAGAGAAAGAAGAUGAAGAAGAAAGAGAGAGAGCGAGAGCGAACGAAAGAAAAUACGCGCGAAAGUGACAAAGAACGAAUUAAUUAUUAUUGACAAAGCUAGUUGCUAUAAGAGAUAAUUUGUUCUGUAAAAAAUGAUACAAUAAUGAUAUUGUAAAGUUAAAAUAAUACCAAAUAUAUACCUGGUGUUAAGGCA